CACAAAACCCUAACCCUAACCCUAGAACAUGGCGUAUCAACCACGAGCUUCGAAUCACAACGAAGACGACAAAGACAACAAUCGUCGACUAUACAAUCCCUACCAAGAUCUCCAAGUCCCGAUUCAGACCCUCUAUAAGCUCCCAACCUCACCGGAGUUUCUCUUCCAGGAAGAGGCCAUCGCUCAGCGCCGAUCUUGGGGCGAAAACCUCACAUACUACACCGGAAUCGGAUACCUAGGAGGAGCCGUCACCGGCGCCGGAAAAGGUAUCGUCGAGGGCGUAAAAUCGUCGGAGGCCGGCGAUACGAUGAAGCUCCGAGUCAAUCGGAUCUUGAACGCUUCGGGUCACACGGGUCGGAAGUUCGGGAACCGGGCUGGGGUUAUAGGGUUGAUGUACGCAGGGUUGGAGAGCGGGAUGGUCGCGAUUAGGGAUACGGACGAUGUGGUGAACAGCGUGGUGGCGGGUCUGGGCACAGGGGCGCUUUACAAGGCGGCGUCGGGGCCGAGGUCGGCGGCGGUGGCUGGCGCGAUUGGCGGCGUGGUGGUUGGGCUGGCGGUGACUGGGAAGCAACUAUUGAAGAGACACGUGCCGAUCUGAUAGAGGCCUAUUUUAUGGUUUGUAGCGCUCUCUCUCUCUCUCUUUCUCUAUGCUUAAAUUUUUAUUGUUCCAAAAAUUUUGAUCUUUUUAAGAGUUUUGGUCUGUUAUUAUGCCAUUAUACGGAGGACAUAGAGGAGGAUUGUUACUCCAAUGCGUACCAUCUAUAUCUAUAUGUAACGUACUUUGUCAAAGAUGUGGCGGUGGUGAUGAUGAAUAAUUUGAAUGGUAUUUGACAGGCAAAUUGUGUUAUACAUGCCUUUUAGAUAGAUUGAUUUCUGUUGAGGUUUGUUUGAAAUUCCUCAUUGUUGUGUUAUGUGUCUUCCAAUUAUGUAUUGAGUUUUGUUUUGUA